AUGCCUUUAGAUAAUUUAAUUGGAGGGAAUAUUUUGAAUUAAAUAAUAUAAAAAUAAUUAUGGCAAACGUGUUCUUUGAUAUCUCUUUUGGUGGAUCAUAACCCUAAAGUAUUCAAGUUGUAUGAUGAUGUUGUUCCAAAGACAGCUGCAAAUUUCAGAUAACUUGCAUUAAAUAGUAUUAAUUUAUAUCUAAAAUUUAAAUAGAACCUGGAGAGGGAUAUAAGGGAUCUCCAUUCCAUAGAGUAAUCACAGAUUUCAUGGCUUAAGGUGGUGACUUUACUAAAUAAAAUGGUACAGGAGGAAGAUCUAUUUAUGGAGAAAAAUUCGCUGUAAAUACAUUUUAUUUAAUAUUAAGAUGAAAACUUUAAAUCAGACACACUAAACCAGGACUUUUAUCUAUGGCUAAUGCAGGUCCAAACACAAAUGGAUCUUAAUUCUUUAUCACAUUUGUUCCAUGCCCAUGGUUAGAUAAUAAGCAUGUAGUAUUCGGUGAAAGUUGUUGAUGGAUGGGAUAUAUUAGAAUUAUUGAAAAAAAGUAAUCAUCUUAAUGCACAUCAAAUUUAGAUUCAUCAUAAUAAGGAUAACCAAAGACUUAAAUCAAAAUUGCUGACUCAGGAA